UAGUGUUAAUACCAUCUACAAUAAACUAAACCUUUAAUCUUUUUAAACACAAAUAUAUGCUUUCUUUCAAAUCUAAAGAGGAAGAAGCAAAGAAAACCAGCGAUAAAGACUCGGAAAACAAUACACAGACGUGUAGGUGCAUGGAUAACUUGUUUCAGAAAGUUGCCAACUUUGUGUUGGGAGAGAAUUAUGGGAGGAAGAAGACGACAGUUAAAGGGAAAGUGGUGUUGAUGAAGAAGAAUGUGCUUGAUUUCAAUGACUUGGGGGCGUCGGUUCUCGAUCGAGCUCAUGAGUUGAUUGGACAACAUAUAUCUAUUCGGUUCAUUAGCGCGACUCAUGCUGAUAGCACAUCCACAGAAAAGAAGUUUAGAGGGAAGCUUGGAAAACCAGCAAUCUUGGAGGACUGGAUUAGCACCAUUACCCCUCUCACUGUAGGGGAAUCAACAUAUGAAGUCACAUUUGAUUGGGAUGUAGAGAUUGGACUACCAGGAGCCUUUCUGAUCCAAAAUCUUCACCACAGUGAAUUUUAUCUUAUGACACUUACUCUUGAAAAUGUUCCUGGCCAUGGCCAUGGCCAAGUCCAUUUUGUUUGUAACUCAUGGGUUUACCCUUCAAAAUACUAUACCAAUGAUCGCAUAUUCUUCGCUAAUAAGGCAUAUCUUCCUAGUGAGACUCCUGCGUUACUACGCCCAUACAGAGAGGAAGAGAUGGUAAUCUUGAGAGGAGAUGGGACUGGAAUGCUUGAAAAAUGGGACAGGGUUUAUGAUUAUGCUUUGUAUAACGACUUGGGAGAUCCAGACGACGAGGAGAAAGUACGCCCGGUUAUUGGAGGGUCAUCUGAGUACCCGUACCCGCGUAGGGGUAGAACAAGCAGACCACCAACCGAAUCAGAUCCUAACACUGAAACCAGACUUUCGCUUGUCGAGAGUAUGAAAAUUUAUGUUCCAAGAGAUGAGAGGUUUGGACAUUUGAAGAAGUCUGAUUUUCUUGCUUAUGGAGUUGAAUCAAUCCUUAAAUUUCUUCUCCCUGAGGUUGAGGCUAUAGCUGAUGACACCCUAAAUGAGUUUGACUCAUUUGAAGAUGUCAUGAAACUUUACAAUGGUGGAAUCAAGCUUCCCCAAGGACCAUUACUUGAUGGACUACUAGAAAACAUUUCUUUACAAAUGUUUAAAGAAAUUAUACGGUCUGAUGGUGAGGGGCUUGCUAAGUACUCAAUACCACAAGUCAUUGAAGCUGAUCUAUCUGCCUGGAGCACUGAUGAGGAAUUUGCAAGAGAAAUGUUGGCUGGAGUCAACCCGGUUUCUAUUCAGCUUUUGAAAGUUUUUCCGCCAAUUAGCAAGCUGGAUGCCAAUGUCUAUGGUAACCAAAAUAGUUCAAUAGGAGCACCUCACAUAGAGGAACAUCUGGAUGGUCUAGAAGUGGAUGAGGCACUAAAAGCAAAUCGACUUUUUAUAUUGGAUCACCAUGACACACUGAUGCCAUACGUGAAGCGAAUCAACGCAACUUCCAACAAGAUUUACGCCACGCGAACUUUACUAUUUUUACAAAAAGAUGGAACUUUAAAACCAGUAGCCAUUGAACUAAGCCUGCCCCAUGAAGAUGAAAAGUUAGGUGCCAUUAGCAAAGUAUGCACCCCUGCUAAAGAUGGAGUGGAAGCCACAAUUUGGCAGUUGGCUAAAACAUAUGUGGCCGUGAAUGAUUCUGGUGUUCAUCAACUCAUCAGUCAUUGGUUGAAUACACAUGCUGUUAUUGAGCCUUUUGUGAUCGCAACAAAUAGGCAUUUAAGCGUUAUGCAUCCCAUCAAUAAGCUUCUCCACCCUCAUUUUCGUGAUACGAUGAACAUUAAUGCCUCUGCUAGGAAUGUCUUGAUCAAUAGUAAAGGGAUUCUUGAGAGAACCUUCUUUACGGGGAAAUACUCAAUUGAGAUAUCUUCAAAGAUAUACAAGAAUUGGGUGUUCCCUAACCAAGCUCUCCCUGUUGAGCUUGUAUUGAGGGGGAUGGCAGUUGAGGACUCAAAUGCUCCUCAUGGCCUACGCUUAACAAUUGAAGAUUACCCAUAUGCUGUAGAUGGGCUUGAGAUAUGGUCGGCGAUUAAAACAUGGGUUCAGGAUUACUGCACAUUUUAUUACAAAAAUGAUGACAUGGUGCAAAGUGACACUGAACUCCAGUCAUGGUGGAAGGAACUUCGCGAGGAGGGACAUGGUGACUUGAAACACGAGCCUUGGUGGCCUAAAAUGAGUUCAGUUAAAGAUGUAAUUGAUAAUUGCACAAUAAUUAUAUGGAUAUCUUCUGCUCUUCAUGCAGCAGUGAACUUUGGGCAAUACCCUUAUGCAGGUUAUCCCCCUAAUCGUCCAACUCUAAGUCGUAGACUUUUACCCGAACCAAACACUCCCGAAUAUGGUGAACUAAAAGAGGAUCCUAAGAAAGUUUUAUUGAAAACCAUUAGUCCACAAGUACAAUCACUUCUCAGUAUUACUUUGAUAGAGAUAUUGUCAAGGCAUACAUCAGAUGAGAUCUACCUUGGGCAAAGAGAGUGUCCACAGUGGACAAUGGACCCUGAACCUCUGAAGGCAUUCGAAAAAUUUGGCAAUAAGCUUAGAGAAAUUGAGGAAAAAAUUGUGAAGAUGAACCAAGAUGAGAGGUUGAAGAAUAGGUAUGGACCAGUUAAGGUACCAUACACCCUACUCUACCCUAGUAGUCAAGAGGGACUUACCGGAAGAGGCAUACCAAAUAGUGUGUCAAUAUGAAUGGUUGUUUGUUCAUUAAGUACAUUUGUGUGUUUUCGUUUGGACUAGUAUGAAAUCAGUGUAAAAAAAGUUGAACAUCAUUUGAUUCUUUGAUUGUAAUGUAUCAAUGUUUUGUAAAUCGUAAUCAAAACUGUGUAUUACUAGA